AUGACUGACUGGAUCGUUGCACUAGGACGCUUCAAUAAUACAAUUAUAUUUGCCAUAUGUGAGCGCCAGAUUGUGGAUAUACUUGAUCCAGCCGUUGGGGUGCUCGCCUUUAUGACCUCGCCGUUGCUCGGCAGGAUCCUUUUGACAAAGUCUCGGUCCACAGCAGCUAUCAAUAUCGCAGCGCUGCAUGUACUUUCCAGCGUCAACCAAGGCUUGGAUGAAUUAACCCAGCCUAUGGGCUAUACUCGGUUGCAGCGACAUUUAAUGAUCGGUGAAGCUAUAGCUGCUAAUCUCAAGAAUGCCACUAUAAAAAGUACCUACGAGGGUGUCAAUCUCGGCCAUCAUAGACUGCUAUGUAGCUCGAUGAUAGCCGAGAAUCAUUCACCUCAAGAUUCCGUAUUUGCGUCGAUAGAUCGGAUAUAUAAUCUCUUCUGCGGGGCAAUUAUCACUGGAAAUAUAUCCCUAGUGCAGUCUAUGGCAGCAUCGGUGGAUGUUAACGCGUUGAAUGUGUUUUUCGGUCGACCAUUAGGACUGGCUGCCGUCUGGGGACACCUCGAUAUAGUUCGAUAUCUCCUUGAUCAUGGUGCCGAUCCACAUAUCAUUGCCGAGCGAUGGGAGCGCUGGGAUAACGAUAUACUGACCAUUAACAACGGAGUAUAUGAACACGAAUACCGAUGUCCAGGUGGGAGUGCCUUGUCGGCGGCGGCACUUGGUGGCAACAAAGAAAUUGUAUCUCUACUCCUUGAACCCGAGUUCAGGCUCUCUCCUUCCUCAUCGGAGUAUCAUCGAGCUAUUCUCUGCGCGGUACGGAUAGGACGUACUGAUAUCGUUGACAUGUUUCUCGAGGUGCAGGGUAUAUCUAUCUAUGACCUAAAGCAUUUCAAAGAUCUAAUGCUCUGGGAGGCAGUAUGUCACAAUCGAGAAUCCAUGGUCCAAUUGCUUGUCGACAAUAGCGCGGACAUCAAUAGGGAUGGCCCUCUAAUUCGUGAGCACGGCUGUGCCCUCCACCUAGCCGCGCAGAACGGAUAUGAUAAUUUGAUCCGGCUUCUUCUGGACCAAGGUGCCGACAUAAGUUAUGUAUCUUCCUACAAGUCCCUCACGCCCAUGGGAUUUGCGGCCCGAGGGGGGCAUCUAGAAGCCGUACAGGUGCUUGUCGAGUAUGGUGAGAAAUUGGAGCAUGCCCUGGUCCCUGCUGCGUCUACAGGUCAGUCUCAUAUGGUGAAAUGGCUCGUUGAGAAAGGGGUUGACCUUAAUUACUGCCACUACGACGAGAACAUUGGAAUCCAGGCGCUUGUCCAAGCUAUAAUGGUCAAGAACUUGGGCAUAAUAUCCAUUCUAGCAGCGGCUGGUGUUCCGCUCAAUAACGAUGACUCGGACCUUUCACGGGAUCCUGUAUGGGUCGCAAAAUCUUUAUCUUCCCCAUGGGUGUUUGAAUUUCUUCUCUCAAUAGGUGCACAAGACCGAGAAUAUUCGGAAGAUCAGUUGAUUGACAAGAGAGAAGAGCGGAUGUAUGAGCUCGGGAGGUAUGGGUUGCUCGACGUCAACCAAGAAACCUGGAUGUGGCAGGGCAAGUAUUGA